UCUCUCCUCCUGCCUUUCCGUCCUCCGCAUUGGAGGUUAAGGGCAGAGGGCGAAGUCCUACGAGCAUUCAGGAUAAGGGUUGUGGUUGUGCCUCUCUCUCUCUCUUCCUUCGCUCCUUCUUUUCAUGACAACAUCAUGGAGGCAAUAUUUUUCCAUUGCAUGAUACUCCUUUUAGGUGUUUCCGUGGAAGGCUUUCACCACCGCCACCACCACCAUGACAAGUUGCCGAAGAGCCUUUUUGUGUUUGGAGACUCAAAUGUAGACACAGGGAACACGCAGGGCAGUUCGUGGUCAUUUCCUUAUGGCGUUACCUUUCCCGGCAAGCCAUCCGGCAGACUUUCCGAUGGCCGUGUUCUGACAGAUUUCCUUGCUGCGUAUCUAGGAAUUCCGUCUCCCGUUCCUUACAGAGAGAGACGGACAGCUGGGAGCCGAGACCGAUACGGUAUGAAUUUUGCAUAUUCGGGCGCGGGCGUGUUCAGCACGUACUCUGCUGGCCUGCCCAACAUCACGACGCAGAUUGACUACUUCGAACGGCUGCUAAGGCAGGGCACCUACAGCCGGCAGCAGCUCUACAUGUCCAUGGCCCUACUCAGCGUUGGCGGCAACGACUACGCUGCUUACCUUCUCAAAAACGGUCUACAUUUUCAGGCGUUGAGAGGUUUCAUAAAGUUGGUGGUGAAGCAGAUAGCCGAGGAUCUAAACCGUCUGCGGGUAAUGGGGUUGGGGAAGAUAGCCGUUACCGGUCUAGAGGAGGUGGGCUGCCUGCCGGUAGUGACUGUCCUCACCAACCGCACUUCCUGCUUCCAGCCCUUCAAUGAGGAUGCCGCCUAUCACAACCGCCUUCUGCGCAAUGCCGUCAAUGCCAUCAAUGCUCGUCCUGGCCCCUCAUCAAGUGCAGCACUUGUGGUCCUUCCCCUUUACGAUGCCUUCCAUUUAAUACUCUCCGGCCACACUAAGCUCGGAUCAAGGUUUGAAAAUCCAUUGCAGCAAUGCUGCGUUGGGGUGAAUGGUAGUGAAUGUGGAAGCAUUGAGCAGCAUGUGAAGCCAUCAUACACGUUAUGCGAAGAUCCAAGCAAAGCUUUCUUUUGGGACAGAGUGCACCUCAGUCAGGCUGGUUGGGCCGCCGUCUUCCAAUUCCUUCAACCAACUCUCCAAAGAUUUCUCUCAUAAGAGCUACCCACAAUGAUCAUAGGCUUCAAGUGAUCGAUUCAUGUUUUUUAUUCAGGCAAAAUUAGUCCCUUAGAUUACUCAUGCGCUUCUCAGUUUCUAACUAUAUCUAAAGAAUGUAGAAAGACAAGACAUCUUGAUUGUUACCUGGUUUAUAUUGUUGGAAGAGUUCUCUCUCAAAGUGUAAUGUGUUCUCUUGCCUGAAACUUUGAAUGCUCUUUUCUAAGGAACUACAUAACUAAUGGAGAGU